UAUUUAUUCCCUCGCUCCCGCCCCUCCGUCUCCCGCCACUCGCCUCCUCCUCCGCCUCCGACGACGAAGACGACGGCGACGAUGAUGGAGCUCGAGGCGGUGCUGCUGCAGCUGCUGGUGCCCGACAACGCCGUCAUCCAGCAGGCUACGGCCGAGCUUAAGGUUGCCUUUCGGAGCCCCGCGAUCAUCGCUGCCCUCUGCUCCGUGCUGACCGGCUCGCAGAAUCCCCAGGUCCGGCAACUGGCUGCGGUGUUGCUGAGGAGGCGUGCUGGCAGGCAGUGGAAGAGACUCACGGACGACACCAAGAUCAGCCUGAAGCCCAUCAUUCUCCAGAUCCUGCGUGAUGAGGCCGAACACACGGUGCGCCGAUCGGCAGCCCACCUGGCCGCGGACGUGAGCCGGCACGAGGGGGCGACCGGCAAGCGCUGGCCGGAGCUGCUGCACUUCCUCACGCACGCCACGCGCUCGCACAGCCCUGAGGAGCGCGAGGUGGGCAUGCUGGUGCUGAGCGUGGUGCUGGACAGGGCCCCGCAGUGCAUGCGGCCGCAGCACCGCGACCUUCUGCGCCUGCUGCAGGCGACGCUGGCCGACGGCGCCUCGGCGCUGGUGCCGCACUACUCCGCCCGCUGCCUCCGUGCCGUCAUCCCCCUGGUCGGCUCGGACGAGAUGAAUGCCGUGCGUGCCCUGGUGCCCCGAGUGAUGGAGGCGGUGGUGCGGCUCGUGGCGAUCGACGAGGACAAGGCGUGCGAGGCGAUGGAGGUGUUUGAGGAGAUGAUUGAGAGCGAGGUGUCCAUCCUGGCGUCCAACAUCGCUGACCUCGUCCGCUUCUCGCUGCAGGUGAAGGCUCACAGGAAGUGCUGCCCCUCCCCCGACCUCCUGCCGCCCACACAGGAAGUGCUGCCCCAACCCCCACAGGAA